AUGAUUCUACGGAGCAUCUAUCUCCUGGCGGCUGCCAUCAUCCCUUUUACGGGUGCUGAUGUUCAAGUCGUCGCACCCCAACCUGGGGACAGUAUCACCGGACUCAAUCUGCAGAUACAAUGGAAAGACUCAGGCAACUCACCUCCUCUCUCCCAACUCGCCAAUUAUCAACUCUUCCUGUGCGCAGGAGGCAACGACGAGUCCGCCUAUAUUCCGAUAGCCACACUUGUUGAAGAAGGAACCUUUGCCACGGGCAAUUCAAUCACUAUCACCUUGCAGCCGGGUACUGGUGCUAAUAUUCCCAACGCCUAUUUCUUGAAAUUCGUGUCCGCCGCUACGGGAGGCACUGUCAUCAACUUCUCCGAUCGUUUCUCUCUCAAAAGCAUGACGGGCACAUUUCCAGCCGUGGUACAGCAAGGGUUGAGGACUGUCACUGGUACUGCUGGCCCAGCCGACGUCAAUAACGUCCAAGCCCCCCAGGCGGGCGCUGGUCCAAACAACCCAUCUGUCGGAGACGCCGUCUAUAGUACCCCUUACACUAUGCAGACAGGGACAAUCCGCUAUGCCCCCAUGCCUCCAAUGGCCCAAACAAAGAUCACUGCGAAGAAUGCUUCUCCUUUGUGGCCAACCAGCGCAUAUACGGUCUAUCAAACGAUUGCCGGCACCCCAAAUGCCGUCACAACGAACACCUUGGCCCUGACAUUCAGCAUUUCUAGUCGCGAAAAUCCUGUGGCUGCAGCUGGUCAACCGACCGACGUAGCAAUGCAGAAGUUCCUUAAUCGCUGGAAGGAUUGA